UGAGUCACUCACAUUAUCAGUUAGCUAGUGCUCACAUAAGAGCUUCUGACACCCAUCCCAAUGGACAGCAGCUUUCUCCUCCUCCUUUCUUUGCUAAAUUUAGUUCUGGUUUUUCUUUCUUCCCAAGCCGAGGCUCGAGCUUUCAUCGUUUUCGGCGAUUCGCUAGUCGAUAAUGGAAACAAUGACUACCUCGCCACCACUGCCCGUGCCGACUCGUACCCUUACGGCAUUGACUACCCGACUCACAGACCUACCGGCCGUUUUUCAAACGGGCUUAACAUCCCGGAUAUUAUCAGUGAGCAAAUUGGCUCGGAACCCACGUUGCCAUACUUGAGCCCAGAGCUCAACGGAGAAAGACUGCUCGUCGGUGCUAACUUUGCUUCUGCUGGGAUUGGGAUUCUCAAUGACACCGGAAUUCAAUUUCUAUUCGUAAUCCGAAUGUUCCAACAAUUGUUGUACUUUGAACAAUACCAAGAACGGGUGAGCGCUCUCAUUGGACCCGAGCAAACUCAGCAGCUUGUAAACGACGCGCUGAUCCUCAUUACCGUAGGAGGCAACGACUUCGUGAACAACUACUUCUUAAUUCCAUUCUCUCCAAGAUCUCGCCAAUUUUCUCUCCCAGACUACGUUGCCUAUCUCAUUUCAGAGUACAGAAAAAUUCUAAGGAGGAUAUAUGAGUUGGGAGGACGGAGGGUUUUGGUGACGGGCACUGGACCAAUGGGCUGCGUGCCAGCAGAACUGGCCAUGCGUAGCAUAAAUGGCGAGUGCGCACCGCAGCUGCAAGAAGCCACAAACUUGUUCAACCCACGACUCUCUCAACUGAUCAACGAUCUCAACAAUGAGAUUGGCUCGGAUGUGUUUAUUUUCGCAAAUGCUUUUGACAUGCACAUGGAUUUCAUUAGCGAUCCCCAAGCGUAUGGAUUUGUAUCAUCAAAGAUAGCAUGCUGCGGGCAAGGGCCAUACAACGGGAUCGGGCUAUGCACGCCAGUGUCCAACCUGUGCCCGAACAGAGAUUUGUUUGCGUUUUGGGAUGCAUUUCAUCCAUCUGAAAAGGCCAACAGGCUGAUCGUACAAGCAAUCAUGACUGGAACCACCAAGUACAUUAACCCAGUCAAUCUCAGCACCGCCAUGGCCAUAGACUUCAGGACCUGAUGAUCAUGAUCAUCAUAAUCUUCUGCUCUUGCAAAUCAUGUCUUCUUCUUUUUCUUUUUUCUUUUUUUUUUCUUUUUUCUUUUCCUGAAAUGAUGUCUUGUUUUAUGUAUUCUAGUUUGAGUGGUUAUUAUUAUAUUGUCUUUCUUGUUAUGGAAUUGAAAUUGUAGAGUCCGAUGUUUCAGAUU